UUUAUACUAUUUUCAGAAAUAAUCUGAAACGACAAAAUUAAGCAAUAAAAUAAGGAAGUUCUAAUGGAUAGUUUGUGUUGUCGUAAGUGGCUACUUUUAGGGUUCACAAGAGCAGCGACAUCCACCACUAACAAAUCAAGUUGGAGAGAAAUCGAUCAUACAUGGGCGUGCUCGAGUUGCUCUGCAAGACUUCAUCUCUUUGUGUAGACAGACCGAUUCCCAGCCCCGAUUGUGGUUCAUUUCUCAAGCGGAGUAGAAUUACAUUUAUGACCCCGCCGGCCUCCUCCUCCUCCUCCGCCGUUUCGGUAACUGAGGACAGCCCAAAGGAAGGAGGCGGCAAGCUGACUGGGGAUUCAUUUAUACGGCCGCAUCUCCGUAAAUUGUCCCCAUACCAACCUAUUCUCCCCUUCGAGGUGUUGUCUACUCGUCUCGGUAGAAAACCUGAGGAAAUUAUCAAAUUAGAUGCGAAUGAAAAUCCAUAUGGUCCGCCUCCAGAGGUUUUUGAGGCUUUGGGCUCUUUGAGAUUCCCUUAUAUUUAUCCCGAUCCUGAAAGCCGGAGAUUACGAGCUGCUUUGGCGAAAGAUUCUGGUCUUGAAGCUGACUAUAUUCUCGCUGGCUGUGGUGCAGACGAACUUAUUGAUUUGAUAAUGCGAUGUGUUUUAGAACCGGGUGACAAAAUUUUGGACUGUCCACCAACUUUCACUAUGUAUGAGUUUGACGCAGCUGUUAAUGGUGCACUUGUAGUCAAGGUUCCUAGGAAGCCCGACUUCAGCCUGGAUGUGCAUAGAACAUUUGAAGUUGUUGAGCAGGAGAAACCAAAGUGUAUAUUCCUCACCUCGCCUAACAAUCCUGAUGGAAGCAUUAUUGACGAUGAAACUCUUGUGAAAAUACUUAGUCUGCCAAUAUUAGUUGUGCUGGAUGAGGCAUAUAUUGAAUUUGCGGGACUUAAAUCUAAGAUGACAUGGGUUAAGAAGUAUGAGAAUCUAAUUGUCCUCCGGACAUUUAGCAAAAGAGCUGGUCUAGCCGGCCUUCGAAUUGGAUAUGGAGCAUUUCCAUUGAGCAUUAUUGAAUACCUUUGGAGGGCCAAGCAGCCAUAUAACGUGUCAGUAGCAGCUGAAAUUGCAGCAUGUGCUGCAUUAGAGAAUCCUACCUAUCUAGAGAAUGUGAAAAUAGCUUUGGUGGAAGAGCGUGAGAGGCUUUUCAAGCUUUUGAAAGAAGUGCCAUUUCUAAAUCCAUAUCCAAGCUACUCCAAUUUCAUUCUUUGUGAGGUGACAACUGGAAGAGAUGCUAAGAAACUGAAGGAAGACCUCGCAAAAAUGGGUAUCAUGAUUCGUCACUACAGUAACAAAGAAUUAGCCGGUUAUGUCCGUGUAUCCGUAGGCAAGCCAGAGCAUACUGAUGCUCUAAUGGAGGGUAUGAAGCGCCUUUAUUAAUCUUCUGCAAGCAUACCUUUGUGAGUGAACUACGGCGGGCAGUCGUGUAGAAAUUCAAUCCAAUUGUGUAAAAGCACUCAGGUGAGCCCUAGUGGCAGAUUUUGUUAAAUUAAAUUCCAAUUCCAAUUCCAAUUCCAUUUCCCUUUCACAAUAGUCAUCUCUUAAAAGGAGGCGCAGGUUUGUUGAAUCAAGCUAUUUUCCUCUUUUUCACUAGUGCUUAAUGCGCAGAUAUUCUCUGAACAGGGGAGAAACUGAAGAAUAAAACUGGGAAAAAAGUUUAUAUAAUUCGAUGGUGGUUUUAUUUAAAGUCGUUGAAUGUGCUGUUGUAAUUAAACUUGAAAUAUGGUAAGAAGACUUUUUAUGAUUCCUCUUUUCUUUA